CCUCCCGCCUCGCCGGGCUCUGCCUAUGUGUCACCUGCAGCUCUCCCUCUCACAGAGACCACGCUCUCGGUGUGUUCCGGACUUUCCGCAGCUCCUCCCGACAACAGUGACUUUAUCCGCGCGCCGCGUUCCGACCACACUCACACGCCGGCUUCUCCUCCUCCUCGUCGUCGUCGUCGUCGUCUCCCUUCCGCACGCUCGCCGGAGCCUUUUCUCCUCGGGAGCAACGAGAGCCACUGUGUCUAGCGGGAUGACUCCGGCCGCCUUCCUGUUGCUGGCGCUCGCCGGCGCCGGGACGCUCGUCCAAGUGUUGGGUACAAAGAGAGUGACUGCCCUGUAUGGAGAGACCAUUGUCAUACCGUGCAACGAAGGAGCUGCGCUACCAGAAGAUCUGAUGUUCAUCAAGUGGAAAUAUGAAAGGGACGUUGGCCCUGCCGGCGAUCUGUUGAUCAAACAGGCCCACAGUGACCAGGCCACAGUUCAGGCCACAGACGAUUAUGCCAACCGGGUCAGCAUCGAUGACAAAUCCAACCUGCUCAUCGCCCAGGCCACACUUAAGGACCAGAAGACAUUCACCUGCAUGGUGGUGUCCGGCUCCAACCUCAUGGAGUUCCCUGUCUCGGUUGCUGUUUACAAGAAACCGACAUCAGUUCAGGUGUUGGACAAGGCUGAGGCACUGCAGAGGGACAAACCAACAACGGUGGGAACAUGCGUUGCGACAGAUGCAAACCCCGCAGCCACCAUCACAUGGAAAAAGAACGGGCAGCUCUUAGCAGCUGACGGGAAAGCCGUUGUGAUCACGCCCAGCGUGAAGCUGGACCCAUCCACAGGCCUCUCCACCACGUCCUCCAUGCUCCAGUACGUAGUCACCAAGGAGGAUGUCGGCGCAGUGUUCGCCUGUGUGUCCACACAUGAGCUGACCAAUCAGGAGACCGACCUGGACCCUUUUCCCAUUCACUAUCCAACGGAGAAGGUGAGCCUCCAAAUAAUGUCCAAGAGGCCCAUCGUGGAAGGAGAUAACGUGACGCUGAAGUGUCACGCUGACGGCAACCCUCCGCCCAGCUCCUUCUUCUUCCACAUCAAGGGCCAUAAAAUGCUGGUAGAAAAUUUGGACACCUACACGCUGGCUUCCAUCAGCAGAGAGGCUGCAGGGGACUACAAAUGCUCCCUGUUUGACAACGAGACACUGGAGGCCUCCCAAAGCAUCAGUGUUGGCUACCUGGACCUGAGUCUGAGUCCCACAGGGAAGGUGGUGAAGACAGUAGGGGACACCUUGCCUGUGAAGAUGGAGAAGAACAGCUCGGGCGAUGCUAAAGUGUCCUGGACAAAGAACGGAAAGGCAUCGACGGUGCCAGAGUUCAGCAAGUUGACCUAUGCUGAUACAGGAGUCUACUUAUGUGAGGUUUCCAUGGGCGGCCUCACACGGCGCCAGAGCUUUCAGCUGGUCGUGGAAGGGAGGCCUGUGAUCACCAGUCUAACCAAACACCGUGCUGACGACGCCAAAGUUCUGACCUGCGAGGCGGAGGGAGUACCGGAACCCACCUUCCAAUGGAGUGUCAAUAACACCAACGAGGAGAGCUCCUACAUUAACGGCAAGGCCACCCAUAAAAUCACUGUGAUCCCAAGAGUGAACCUGACUGUCAGCUGCAGUGUCAGCAACAAGCUGGGAGAUGACGUCAUGACCAUCAAUGUUUCCUCUGUUUUUAAGGAGGAAAGGGAAGAAAAAGGCUCGGAGGAGGAAUCGGAGGACCAGGCGAAGCUCAUAGUGGGUGUGGUGGUGGGGCUCCUCGUUGCUGCUGGAGUAGUGGGGCUCAUGUACUGGCUCUACAUGAAGAAUUCAAGACAAGGAAGCUGGAAAACUGGCGAGAAAGAGGACGGGACAUCUGAGGAGAACAAGAAACUAGAGGAGAACAAUCAGACCGUCUAAGAGGUGCUCGGGCUGCUCCAUGUGGGAUGAAAGAGAGUUGAACGCAGUCUCGCGACAUCACAAGACGGACUCCUCGUUGGCUGCUGACACCGCUUCAUCAGGCUCCACAUGAGCAGCAACAAUCGGAGUCGUUUUCCACUAUGUCCUGCUCAAAGCCUGCUGUCCCACCUCGCUGUCUGAAGUCCGCAUUGAGGGCGCCACGUGUUACUGUGUCAUUUGGUUUUGUCGUGUUCCUGGUGAAUGCUCCCUGUUUUGUCUGAGCAAUCCUGUGAGGCAGUGUGGUGGGUUGUUGUUGUUGUUGUUUUGUUUUUUUGCCACUUAGUUUUUCCCUCUUCAAAGAAUGUAAAUUCCCUGUACACUUUUUAAGGCCUGUAUAACAAAUCAGAAAUAUGUGUGUGUGUGUGUGUGUGUGUGUGUGUGUGUGUGUGCCCUGGCUGAGCAUGCCAAUGGUUAUUUUUAGUUUCUCUUUUUUUUGUUUCUUGUGCGUUUGGGUGGAGGAGUGGAAAGGACACCUCACUGCUGCACACGCUGAUGAAACGAUCGCUCAACUUCUCACCCAAAUCAACCUCCGCAUCUCUCGACCUCCACACUACAUGUCCACUGGGGUUUAAACACUGGAAUAUCAGGUCCAAGGAUCACUUGAUAAUACGAGCUGCAGUCAUAAUAUUAAAUAAGGAACUGGGCGUACUGUGAAUUAUUUCUAUACAUGCGGCGACUGUGAUCGGAGGGCGGGGGAAAAACAAAAAAGCACAUUAUUUCAUUUGUGUACAUGUCAAUCGGACGUCAGCCAGUGGAGCACCGGGACACAACCAGCCGCUAAUUAGUUGUUUUUGUAACUGGCUGUCAUUUUCCCCUCUUUUUCGUCUCAAGAGGGACUUUUUGAACUCCUCCAUGUUCCAUAUCAUUGGAAUCUGAAAAGGCAAAAAGUAAUGAGGAGGCCGAAAAAAAGAAAAAAGUACAACUUCUAAGAAAUGCUAAGCGAUGUCCAUAGCAUAUUUUUUUCUUUGGUUUGUUGUAGAGAUCAGUUUACUCAGUUCCAGUUUCACGUACGUGCUCAGUGAUCUCCACAUCUUCCCCACAGUUCCUGUUCCCUCCUGUUCCCUGAGGCCGUGGUUUUACAGUGGACUCUACGUUUUUAUUUUCAUGCUGUCGUUUUUUUCUGGAAAAGCUUUACUGAUGCCAGGUCUGAAUGUUCUGUUGUAGUGUUAUUUUUUCUUUCUCUCUUUUUUAAAAAAAAAAUUUUUUUUGGAUUGUUGAUUGUUGUGUUUUCGGUGUAUUUAUGUUCUGCAUGUGACCUACCUGGACGGCUGUGCGGCAGCAUGCACCGCGAUGCUCGGUUCGGCCCGCGCGGACGCCGUCGAGAGUCGAAAAACACACCGUCCGGUAGGAGAGUGUCACCGGAGUGAAUAGGGAUGUGCGUUCUCGGCUGUGACGUCGUCAUUAUUUUUGUUACUUUAGCUUAUUGGUGUGAAGGAUUACCACAACUGAAGACAGUGAUUGCAACUGGGAGAUGAGAUGAGGUGCAUCAAAAAAAACGGCGGCUCCCUGGGUUUACACCGUCGGUCGCUGGGGUGUCGCAACCAGUGACCAAAGCAACUGUGGACACGGUGGUUCGAGAGGAAUCAGAGAACUUGUUUUUAACAUUCACGGUUGAGUUAAAAGUCUACUUAGUACGCAACAUUUUAACUUCCCGAUUUGUCCUAUUUAAUCGCUUGACAAACUUGAGCAUGUCAGGAGAUUGUGACCAUUGUCAACUGUCAGAUUUCUAAUGAGUUUGAGUCAUCUGGCUGAAACCCUGUGCUGGUACUGAGGCCCAUGGGGGAAGGUUUGUGGAUUCCAUUCGUGUGUCUCUGGGAUGGUCGUGUUCCAAACUGGAGGCCGGAGAUGACAUUUCGCUUGACUUUCAUUUUAUGAGAUAUUGUCUAAUGACCACUGACGUGGUUGCUAAAACUACAUGACACGAAAACAGAGGAUGAACGGUUUUUUUUUUGGUUGUUGUUUUUUUUGCACCUAGCCAAUAUUAGUUCUCUCUCUCAUGCCUUUUGUUGCUUUUCAAAUAAUCAGGUCAGCGGUGAAACCAAAGAGGGUACGACGAGAAGGUCAUAGCAGUGUUGUAAAUACUCACUUUUGUUUUUGUACUGUUGUUGACAAUAAAGUGUACAUUUUAAGAAAAACA